AGUGCGAAAAUUAGUCGGAAACUGACUGAUUAAAAUAUAUAAGCCUAAUAUCUAAUAAAUAUUGUAUUUUGUUGGUUCUAAAAUCAUAAAAUAUUAGUUUUUAUGGAAUCUGGGUUUUAAUUUCUUGCCACGUAUUUAGAUAAGUGUAAUAUCUAAAAAUAAAGACGCAAACUCAAGCACUUUUGUAACCUUGAACCAAAGAUAUUUGCUUGAACUGUGAAUUCCUUUGUUUUAUUACGCUCGUGUCAAAUAAUACUGAUCUUUGAGGAAAUCAUACGCUUAAUUAUAAAUCAGGAUGGAGUCAGACGCUAGACCCCCAGGAAAAUUAUCAGACAAAGGACCAAUGUCUCGAAAUUGGAAGCGUUGGAAGCAAGAAUUUUUAAUCUACAUGAAAUUAACGGGCGGAAUGAACAAACCGGAAGAUGAAAAAGCAGCCUGGUUAAAGAAUUUGAUCGGGCAAGUAGGACUCGAAGCUUUAGAAAGCAUUUCCUUCGACAGUCCAGAUGACAAGGAAAAUAUGACAAUCAUCAUUCAAAAGUUGGAAGAACUCUUUGAUCCUCCUAAAAAUGAAAUUGAGGAAAGAUACAAGUUUUUUUCACGAUCCAAAAAGGCCAGUGAAUCCAUUGACGCUUAUAUUGAAGAUUUAAAAAUUAUUUCAAAACUAUGCAAUUUUGGGGAUCAAAUAGAAAGUCUCGUGAGAGAUGCAGUUAUUCUUGACAUAAAAGACAAAAAUCUGCGUAAAAUUGUUUUUGAGGAGAAAGAUCUGGAUUUGGAGAAGCUUAAAAUUAUUUAUAAAACGUACGAAUCAAAUAAUGCUAAGAUGAACGACCCAAAAGAAUUAAUUCCAGAACAAGGAAAAUCUCUGUCGAAAAAAUUUGGUCCGAGAAGACCUCCAGAGCCAAAAAAUCCGUGUUGGAGAUGUGGAGAGAAACAUGCACUUCGAGAGUGUCCAGCUCAUAAAAAUCUUUGCUGUUACUGCAAAAAUUAUAAUCACUUUUCACACCGAUGCCCGGUAGCUAAACUCGACUCGGUUCAAAUUUCUAAUCCUGGGACCAAUGUUGCUCAAAAAAAGCCGAACAAUUCCGGAAAUCCAUUCAACAUCGAAAAAGAUAAGCCGGAUAAAGGAUACAAAAACAAUUUGAAUUCACUUCAAAAUGAUGAUAAGGAGAAGAUAGUUCCGAAACAAAAAACUUUGAAAUCUGAUCCUAUCGUUAAAAAUCUCGAGACUGUAGAUUCAGGAAAGCCGAAAAAAGUCGAAAAUCAAUUUUACACUCGCAGUAAUUAUGGGAAAACACAAAAGUCUGUGCCUCUUGAGUCUUUGCUUGAUUUAAAAAUUGAAAAACCAACCACUAAAUUAUCUGCGGGAAAAGUGGUGUUUCAAAGUAACAAAAAUAAAGUUCUGAAGUCAUCAGAAAAAGGACAAGGUACUUCUCAGAGUAAUCAUCAAGUUCCAGUUCCACAAAAAUAUCAGUUUCCAAGGGAAUAUUAUUUAUUGUAUCCUAAAUUACCUAAGUCAACACCUACAGUACCACACACUCCUCAAAAUAAUUUGCAAUCUAAUGCUGGGAGAGGUAUUCCGAAAGGCGACCCUUUGAAAUCUGAUCUUGUUAAAAAUCUCAAGAUCGUGGAUUCAGAAAAGCCGAGAAAAGUUGAGAAAACAUUUUCAACUUCUAGUUAUCAAGGACAAUUUCAACCAUCUGCGCCUCCUGAAUCUUUGCUCGAUUUAAACAUUCAAAAACCCAGGACGGAAAAUAAAAUCCUGAAGUCAUCAGAAAAAUUAUUAUCUAAUGCAACACCUUCAAUAUCACACCCUCUUCAGGAAAGUUGGGAAUCUAAUGCUAGUAGAGACAUUCGACUGUACGGUCAGUCAAGUUCCGAAGGCAUCGAAAAAAUUCUGAAGUCAUCAGAAAAAGGAGAGACUACUUCGCAGAGUAAUUCUCAAGUUUCACGUCCACAAAAUUAUCAGUUUCCAAAGGAAUAUUCCCCAUUGUAUCCUAAAUUACCAAAUUCAACACAGUCACUACCACACUCUCCUAAAAACAAUUUGCAUUCCAAUGCUAGGAGAGGCAUUCCACAACCAAAUUACGUUAGUUCUUCUACUAAUCUUACAAUUAGGAAAGAGCCAGCGAAGUCGAAAGAAAAAUCUGGGUCAGAUUGUCUUCUCUCGUAAAAUGAUAAUUAAGUUACUUAUAUUACUUAUUAUUUUCUCAUUCCUUUAGGUGAA